GGAUCUGCAGAGAGCGGCUGAGCCGGGCAGAGCUCGCAGGGAGACACGGGCGGCAGGCAGCUCAUCGGAGAGACCGGCACAGCCAUAGCAAUACAGGCCGCUCAGUGACAUGACCUCCCGCAGGUGGUUUCAUCCAAACAUCAAUGGACUGGAAGCAGAGACACUACUCCUUAAACAUGGGGGACACGGAAGCUUCCUGGCCCGUCCCAGCAAGAGUAAUCCCGGAGAUUUCACGCUGUCUGUUCGAAGGCACGAUGAAGUCACGCACAUUAAAAUCCAGAAUACCGGAGAUUACUAUGACCUUUAUGGAGGGGAGACAUUUGCAACCCUAGCAGAGCUGGUGCAGUACUAUACAGAACAGCAAGGGUUACUUCGGGAGAAGAAUGGGGAUGUCAUAGAGCUCCGUUAUCCACUCAACUCCCAGGAUCCUACGUCAGAAAGGUGGUACCAUGGUCACCUAUCUGGCCGAGAAGCUGAAAAGCUUUUGCUGGAAAAGGGAAAACCUGGCAGUUUUCUGGUGCGGGAAAGUCAGAGCAAGCCAGGAGAUUUUGUGCUGUCCGUCCUGACUAGUGAGGAAAAACUGGAGAACGGGGAGCGUAAAUCUCGUGUCACCCAUGUGAUGAUCCGAUUUCAGCCGGAUGGGAAAUACGAUGUUGGAGGUGGUGAACGUUUCGAUACAUUGACUGACCUAUUGGAGCAUUACAAAAAGAAUCCAAUGGUGGAGAAGUCAGGAGCUGUGGUGCAUCUUAAACAGCCAUUUAAUGCAACUCGGAUCAACGCAGCCAACAUUGAAACAAGAGUCCGGGAGCUGAACAAAAUGGCUGACAAUACAGAGAAGGCCAAACAGGGAUUCUGGGAAGAGUUUGAAAUGCUUCAGCAGCAGGAGUGCAAAUUACUCUACCCCAGAAAAGAGGGUCAAAGGCCAGAGAACAAAAGCAAGAAUAGAUAUAAAAAUAUUUUACCUUUCGACACAACACGGGUAGCUCUGCGAGACGUCGACGAAAGCAUACCAGGAUCUGAUUACAUCAAUGCAAAUUAUAUCAAGAGUAACUUAGAUGACUCCCGAGGUUCUCAGCUGUACAAAGUGUAUAUUGCCACACAGGGCUGUCUGCAGAACACGGUGUGCGACUUCUGGAAUAUGGUUUAUCAAGAGAACACGCAUGUAAUAGUCAUGACUACCAAAGAAAUGGAGCGGUCCAGGAAAAAAUGUUUUUGUUAUUGGCCAGAUGAAAAUUGUUCCAAAGACUACGGCUGCAUCGUGGUGCAGAGUUUGGGUGUGCAUUUAGAAAAGGACUACAUCUUGAGAGAGCUGCAGAUGUCUCGCGUAGACAGGGAUGAGCCACCAAGACGUAUUUGGCAUUAUCAGUACCUGAGCUGGCCUGAUCACGGAGUUCCGAAUGAACCCGGUGGGGUAUUGUGUUUCCUGGAAGAAAUUAAUACAGCUCAAAAUUGCACUCCACAGGCUGGACCUAUAGUAGUACACUGCAGUGCGGGUAUUGGAAGAACUGGUACAAUAAUAGUAAUAGAUAUUCUGGUUGAUAUUAUUAAUAGACAAGGUUUGGAUUGUGAUAUUGACGUCCCAAAGACUAUUCAGAUGGUGAGACAGCAGCGUUCUGGAAUGGUACAGACGGAGGCUCAGUAUAAGUUCAUUUAUAUGGCUGUGCAAAAGUAUAUAGAAUCCAGGAAGAAACUUUUAGAGGAUGAGCAGUGGGGUAAGAAGAAAGAACGAGAGUACAGCAACAUUCAGUAUCCACUGGGGGACAAGGUCAAACCCAAACCACAGGCAGUCGUAGUGCCAAAUCCAGCUAGGGUAAAUGACGAGUCUGCCUGUGUCUAUGAAAAUCUCAACAUUAGAAGCACACAUGUGUCUGGUACAAGUAAUUCUGGCAGAUAAACCUUUGCAGAUAUUGAGCUGCACACUUACCAAAAAAACGAAGACAAAAAAAAACAUUUUGUCUGUUUCCUGGCCAUGGCUGCUUGGAGUUGCCCCCCCCCCCCCCGGUUGUGCGGCUUACCCCUGCCCAGCUCCAUGAGCCAGCGCUAGAAAGAGGCACGCAAGUGGAAAGAGAAGCGCAAAGUGCCCUGUGAGAGGUGGCACGCCUGCAGCAACCUAUAACAAAAGAACAUUUUUUUUUUCCUUUUUUCUUUUCAUUUCUGCCUCAGUGUUUUCGACAAAGUAUUUAUUUAAGUGCCUCAGAAAGUCUGCUGAGUUUUUAAAACUUUUUUUUUUUAUU